AUGAAUGAACUAUAUGAAAAUCGGAAAGAGGAUGAAGAAAAUGAAAAUAUUGAAAUAAAAAUUAAUAACAUUGCUAAUAAGUUAGCAAAUAUUUUGUAUAUUACAACUGUUUCUAUGAAAGAAAAUUUUGAUAUUCGAAAUAAUUUACCAUAUGCUAAAUUAAUAAAUGAUAUGAAAUCUUAUUGUGUAAAUUUAAUUCAAUCUAUUACAAAUUUAAAUAGUAAUCUAUACAAUUUAACAUGCUUACCUGUUCAUGCAAUACCUAGAAAUCCUUAUAACAACAUCCAAGAUGUUAAUACAAUAACAAACAAUAUAAGUGUUGAUGAUACUAUCGAAAAAGUUAAAGAAAAUAAAGAUUUACUUAACACAUUCCAAGAAAAUUAUAACAAAACUAAUUUUAAUCAAAUUAUCAAACAAAUUGAAAUAUUUAAUGAUAAUAUUUUUUCAGCAUUAAAUAAUUUAGAACAUAUAAAAAUCCCAUUCAAAUAUGAAGAAACACAAUCCUAUGGAAAUAUCUUAUCAGAUCGAUUGAAAAAUAAACAUAAGGAUCAUGAACAUUUGGAGGUAUAUAUUGCUAAAAUGAACUAUGGAAUUUUUUAA